AUGCAGAGGACAAGAGCUUUGCGCCAUGCCGCUGUCAACGGGGCGAAGAGAGCCGUGACGGAGCUUUCUCACCAUCCCAGAGCAGGCGAGAAGCUUCACGGCUUCACCCUGUUGCGCUCCAAGCAUGUGCCCGAGCUCGAGCUGACGGCCCUGCACCUGCAGCACGAUAAGACUGGUGCCGAACAUCUUCACAUUGCCCGUGAUGACAGCAACAAUGUCUUCUCCAUCGGCUUCAAGACCAACCCGCCGGAUGACACCGGCGUGCCGCAUAUCCUGGAGCACACCACUCUGUGUGGCAGUGAGAAGUAUCCCAUCCGAGAUCCGUUCUUUAAGAUGUUGCCACGGACCCUGUCCAACUUCAUGAAUGCCUUCACUGCAUCGGACCAUACCUUCUACCCUUUCGCCACCACCAACGCCCAGGACUUCCAGAACUUGAUGGGUGUUUAUCUUGACGCGACCCUUCACCCAUUGCUCAAGCAGACAGACUUUACCCAAGAAGGAUGGAGGAUAGGCCCAGAGAACCCCCAGGCCAUCGCCAGUGGCCAGGAGGCCAAACCUGAGGAUCGUAAGCUGGUUUUCAAGGGGGUUGUCUAUAACGAAAUGAAAGGACAGAUGUCCGAUGCUGGCUACCUCUAUUACAUCAGGUUCCAGGACCACAUCUUUCCGGACAUCAACAACUCCGGUGGUGACCCUCAGAAGAUCACCGACCUGACCUACCAUCAGCUGAAGCAAUUCCACGACGAACAUUAUCACCCAAGCAAUGCCAAAUUGUUCACCUACGGUGACAUGCCGCUGGCCGACCACCUGAAGGAGAUUGACGCUCAGCUUAGUGCGUUUGAGAGGAUACAAGGCGACCUGAAAAUCCACCGUCCUGUUGACCUCAGUCGCGGUCCCCAGGAAAUCACGGUCCGAGGUCCAGUCGACCCCUUGAUGGACGCGAACAGGCAAUUCAAAACCUCGAUCUCAUGGGUGCUGGGCGAAACCACCGACGUCGUGGAGUCAUUUUCGCUGUCUCUUCUCUCUGCAUUGCUUAUGGAUGGAUAUGGGUCACCCCUCUACAAGGCUCUAAUCGAGUCUGGACUGGGACUUGACUGGUCACCGAAUACCGGCUACGAUAGCUCCAACUCUCGCGGCAUCUUCUCAGUGGGGUUGAGCGGUGUCCAAGAGAUGGAUGUCCCGACGGUCAAGUCAGCGCUGCAGAAAACAUUGCGUGAGGUUCGGGACAAGGGUUUCGAGAGAUCCAAAAUCGACGGCUACCUGCACCAGCUCGAACUCGGACUUAAGCACAAGACAGCUAAAUUUGGCAUGUCAAUGUUGCACAGGUUGAAGCCGAGCUGGUUCAACGGCAUCGAUCCAUUUGACUCUCUUGCUUGGAACGACACACUAGCAGCAUUCGAGGCAGAGCUGGCCAAAGGUGGCUACCUCGAAGGCUUGAUGGACAAAUACCUCUUGAACGAUAACACCUUGACGUUUACGAUGACGCCUUCGCCUAACUUUGGGCAAGAGCUGGCCCAGGAGGAGGCUGAUAGGCUUGCUACCAAGAUCGAAGCUGUCACGAAGCAAGCGGGCGGGAAGGACGCUGCGCAGAAACAGCUCGAAGAGAAGGAAAUUCAACUGCUUGAAGAGCAGAAUAAGACAAACACCGAGGACCUGAGUUGCUUACCCAGUGUACAUGUCCAAGACAUUCCAAGGCGGAAGCCGGGUCCAAUUUUGAGGGAUGAUACCGUCAAUGGUGUCAAGACUCAAUGGUAUGAGGCGCCGACCAAUGGACUAACAUAUUUCCGUCUGGUCACGGCCCUAGAAAAUCUGCCAGAUGAGCUGAGGCUGCUGCUUCCAUUGUUCACUGGCUCAAUCAUGCGCCUCGGAACGAAAGACACAUCUAUGGAGCAGCUCGAAGAUCUAAUGAAGCUGAAGACAGGGGGCGUCUCUGUCAGCUAUCAUUCUGCCUCGUCAGCGACCGAUUUCACUCGAGCCACCGAGGGCUUCGGCUUCACAGGCAUGGCCCUGGACCGCAACGUGCCUCAUGUGUUCGAUAUACUCCGCAAGUUAGUAGUGGAGACCAAUUUUGACAGUGCUGAAGCUGUGCAGCAAAUCCGGCAACUUAUCCAAGCAUCGGCCGACGGCGUCGUGAAUGACAUUGCAUCUUCUGGUCAUUCGUACGCACGUCGCGCCGCGGAGGCCGGGUUGACCAACCACUCAUAUCUUUCUGAGCAGAUCGGUGGCCUGUCGCAAGUCAAGUUGAUCACCUCGCUUGCGAACAGACCAGAAUCUGAUCAGUUGGAAGAUGUCAUUGCAAAGCUCAAGCAUAUUCAGCAGCUGGCCAUGACGGGUGGCAACAUCCGCGCAGCGAUCACGUGCGGGAGCGAGUCUGUCAAGGCGAAUUCAGCCGCCUUCUCAGACUUCCUUAGAUCCUUUUCUGGCCCAGCAAACCUCCCAGCACAAGCACCAAGAAAAUUCGAGCGCAACAUCAAGACGUUCUAUCCCCUGCCCUACCAGGUCUACUACGGUGCCCUGGCCGUCCCUACGGUUUCCUAUACGUCUGCCGAUGGGGCACCGCUUCAGAUCCUGUCGCAGCUUCUUACGCACAAACACCUCCACCACGAGAUCCGAGAGAAGGGGGGUGCGUACGGUGGUGGUGCAUACCACCGGUCGAUGGAAGGCCUCUUCGGUUUCUACUCGUACCGCGACCCAAAUCCCGUGAACACGCUAGGCAUCAUGCGCAACGCCGGGCGGUGGGCGGUCGACAAGAAGUGGAGCGACCGUGAUCUGGAAGACGCUAAGAUCAGCGUGUUCCAAUCCGUCGACGCGCCAGUCUCCGUGAACGAGGAGGGUAUGGGCCGCUUCCUCUACGGUGUCGACGAGGAGAUGAAGCAGCGCAAGAGAGAGCAGCUGCUUGAUGUUACGAAAGAGCAGGUGCGUGACGUUGCGCAGAAAUAUGUUGUCGAGGCCUUCGACAAGCAGGCCGAGAGGGCAGUCUUCUUGGGCGAAAAGCAAGCCUGGGUUGACGGUGAGUGGAAAGUUGAGGACAUGAAUGUCAAUGGUGGAGAGACAUCCUCGUGA